CUUCAGGAUUCUCCAGUGAAUAAGCUGUUGUACGCACGAGAAAUCCCACGAUACAAGCAGCUGGUGGAGAGGUACUACAGUGAUAUUCAUAACGCCGUGUCUGGCUGUUACCAGGAAAUGAAUUCAACCCUCACAGAGCUGUCAGGGAGCUUUGCAUCCGAGAUGAACAGUUUGGUGGCAUUGCAUGAGCUGUACAAGUAUAUCAACAAAUACUACGAUCAGAUUAUCAUGUCUCUGGAAGAAGACGCUGCGGGUCAGAAGAUGCAGCUGGCGUAUCGGCUUCAGCAGGUUGCCGCCCUGGUGGAGAAUAAAGUCACUGACCUUUAGGCUUUGACCUUUCACCUUGUCAUCUAAGCUCAAUAAUAAUCACAAUAAUCGUCUUAUCUCAUGUGAUCGGCUGAUGAAAUGCAACCACUACGCCAAACACUUGUGUGCUUCCACAACCGUUCACAUAAACUCCCUGCAUAUUCUUAACAAAAGGGAACAGGAAAUGAAGUAAUGAUCACAUUCUUCCGAUAAAACCUUAAUGGGAGUUUUAUUGGAGAAGGAUUGCUUUUCAGACUGAGGCUCUGAACAAUUCACAGGAGUAUUGACCGACAGGAAGUGUGUGUGUGUGUGUGUGUGCAUGGUUAAUUGUGAUGUGCUUGUCUGAAAGGCUCUGCUGUAUAUAUGAAGUUUACCUAAUUCAAAUUUUAAUGACACUACUGAAGCAGCUCUCACAUAUUGUGACAUGCUGAGACACAUUUUAUACCAUUUCUAUUUCCAUUCAAGUGAUCACAUCCACUGUAUGGAUGAUCUUUCAUGAACUGAUUCAACGAAACUGUACAGUCAUGUCAGCACUGCGGACAAAUCCCACAUUUACUUCUACUGUACGUGGAGUAUUUCAUUCCAGGUUUAGAAAUGUUCUACUCCUCCACAAUCAAAGCCCAAACUCAUAGACUGUCCUUGGCUGUGUGGUGUUAACUUUUUAUACUAACAUUUCUACAUUAGUAUUGCAGAUCAAAACAAGUAUUAAGCUUUUACUGGGACUGUGGAGUAAGUCUAUGCACACAAGUGCCAUAAGUAACAAGAGCACAAUAUUUGUGUGCACGUUAUUGUGUAGCUUUAGGUGUGCAUGCAAAAAAGAAAAGACUGUGUCGCAGUUUUCAGGUUUUCCAUUGUUGUUAGUAUCGCAAAUAUCUGGAAUUUCUCAAAGUUGUUAAAUGUGAUCAUCUGAAUUUAGUUUGUAGUACCAUAAGCUGAUUAACUUUACUUCAUCCAGCAGAUUUCUGAUAGAUCUCGAUAAAAUAUGGGUCUGGGUCACAUUUCACUGCCAAAUAUACAGAUAAAGAAUAAAUUAUAUUUUGCACAAUAUACCUUAUUCUUAAACUUCAACUAAUAUAUCAUUGUUUAUUCUUUUUCUAUUAAUAGGCUUUUGCAUUGCUUCUUAAAUCUUAUAAAGAUGUUGUAAUGCACAGCAUCUUUCAAUUCAAGUUUAUUUUUUGAUUUAGGCAUGAAAUAAAUCCAAGAUCUUCGCAGGUUUUGUGAGAUUCACCCACACUUAAAGUAAAUGGCGUUGAUUUCCUAAUGCCUGCUUUGUAUUUAAUGGCAAAAGCGAGAACAAUUCAAGAUUCAAUCUCAAGCGUUUUGAGUCUCUGAUUAAAUUGCAAUGCAGCUGGGUUGGCCAGUCCCUUGGGAGGUAUUGACACAAAACUGGGACAGUUUGGGUCAUUGGAUUUCGAGUUGGCAAAUGGAGAAUAGCAUCUUUAUUCCCUUUGUUCCAAUGAUUAGAAAAGCAGCAGUCGGAUUGAGAGUUGUGAACAUUAAACACUGAAUAGAAACUAACUAUUGUAAAUAAUGCUUAUUUAUACAUGACCGCCAAUGUGCCUUCUUUGUUACUUUUUAUAAUGUCUACCGAUUUAAGUAAACAUGCUUGACAUUACUUGCCAAAUGGAAGAAAAGAUGAACUGCGGCACAACUGUUGCCUGUUGUGAAGAUCAUACAGGGCUUUUAGUCUCUGAACUGCAGUGAGUCUCAGGAUUAUAGCUGUCGAUCUCAAUGGUUUCAGUAUAAAUCCAUGUGUAGCUCAGUCAUUUCUAGUUUGCCCUUUCGGGCUCAUUUCCUGGAGCGAUCUGUAUUCACCUUGUUGUCACAGGUGAUGAUGGUGUAAUUUUUUUGUGCAUCUGUUCUUUUUAGCUUCUCAAAACGGUCAUGAUUUGUUUUUCGCCCCAAGGCACUUUGUGUUUACAUUUUGGCUCACCCACAAUGUCUAAUUAUUUUGUAGUUUGAUCAUGAAGCUGACGUCAUAUGCUUUAACACAAUCCCUUUUGUGUAUAGAACUGAAAAUAAUGAAUGCACUGCUAUCUGGACAUCUCAAAUGUAUUUUUGAAGGCUUCCCUGUUCCUGCGUUUAUUUAUGUGAUUUUGAGCUAUUACGCUUCAUCAUACUAAUGUAUGCACAGAGCUGUGUUUUAAAAAUGGGAAACGUAUUAGUUUGCUCAUCCUGUGUAUGUUUAUUAGCCUGUUGUUGGAUGUGUUUGGCCUCUUGGUGUAUUUUUUGAUUAUUAUAGGCUGAUGCAUGCUUGAGAUUUGAUUGGAUUUUCUGAUUGGGGUGCUUUAUGAGAGGUUCACUCGAUGGACUGCGUUAUAAAUGUGCAUGACUCUCAUAUGAACACAGAAGAAAGCGUGUGUGUAUGCAUGAGAGUUUGUAAGUAAUUGUAGCGCUUCGUACAUGACGGUGAGGUUUUUUGGCGAAUCUCCUGUUAUGUACAGUUUUCUCUAAGAGAAUCCUGCGAAACCUUCUUUUUGUACAGUCUUGCGAUUUUCCUGUUUUGCCAGUUGUGUGGAAUAUGGCUUUGUAUCUUUGCAGAUAAACAAUUCAGACCAUUGUUUAGAGAAUUGGUGGUGUAUACGGAGCCCUUGCCCGGCACCGAGUUUUACACAACUUUUAUACAAGGGUAAAAAAAUAAUAUAUGGUAAUUUUCUAAUGAAGUUGGGGUUAAAAGAGAGCUUAAACCCAGUCUAAAGACAUUACUCUUUUGUAUUUGUUUUGUGUAUAGUUUGCUAACAAUUGUGUAUAUGUGCCUGUACAUAUUGUGAAGAGGACUUGUUUUUUUUGUUUUUUGAUUUUGUUUUUCAACAGACUUACUCUCUCCAUUCAGGAGAAAUUGGGAGCCAAAAUGUUGAAAUGAGUGAAAUGGAAAUUUGUAUCUGGAAAAAAUAAAGCUAUAAUUUUAACAAUGAA